AACUUACAGGGAUGCUGUGAAGAGGAAGGUGGCUGUGUGGAUGGGGUAAUUUGAAGUCUUCAGGAGAAAGGUGGUGCUAUAUCAAUGCAAGUCUACAGAAUGGAAAUGAAAUCACAAUAUGAUAGUUUAUUAACUGAUGAAAUAAUGGAAUCAGAAGCUCAAGGAGGCGUUUGCAAGAGGCACAUGACAUUCAUCCUCAAAUAGAUGUCCCCACUGACUGACAGCUUCUUUCAUCACCUAGAGGGGUUUCACUUUGAAUUUUGCACAGACCCAGAUUUCCCUGAGAGUCUCCAAAUGGAAGCUUGAAUUCACUUGUGAUGGCCUUUCAAGACUUGUUUAAAUGUAUAUCAGACAGAGAAUUGAGGAGAAAAUGGAGAAAAUGAAGACAAACAGGUGGUUUCAGAGAUCAUGGCAAGAUGUUUUUUUCCAUCUCUGAUAACAACCACUUCCUGGGAAGGUUUUCGUUUUGCUGGACAUGAGAUAAGAAUUACAGAAGCCACUGAUUGCUAUGGUGCUGUUGUCUGGCCAUCGGCUCUCGUUCUCUGUCACUUUCUGGAAACAAAUUCAAAGCAGUAUAAUCUGGCUGACAAAAAUGUAAUUGAAAUUGGGGCUGGGACAGGACUAGUCUCGAUAGUGGCAAGUUUACUUGGUGCUCGAGUGAUUGCCACAGACCUGCCCAAUUUACUUGGAAACCUUCAGUAUAAUGUUUCCCGAAAUACCAAAAUGAAAUGCAAGCAUCAGCCUCAGGUGAAGGAGUUAUCUUGGGGGAUGGCCUUAGAGAAGAAUUUCCCCAGGUCUUCAAACCAUUUUGACUAUAUCCUAGCCACAGAUGUUGUAUAUGCCCACCCCUUCCUGGGUGAGCUCCUUAUCACCUUUGACCACCUAUGUAAAGACACUACCAUUAUCCUCUGGGUCAUGAAAUUUAGGUUAGAUAAGGAAAAUAAAUUUGUGGAUAGGUUUCAGGAGUUGUUUGACCUGGAGGAAAUUUCUAAUUUCCCUAGCUUGAACAUUAAAUUGUAUAAAGCUAUGAAGAAAAAUGGUAGGAGAGUAUGAUACUCCCAGAUAAAGAUCUGAAAAUACUGCCAACGUAUACCCAGGUAGAGAAGGGAAGGAGGCAAAGGCCAUUUGUCAUUUACCUAUAAUCUGUGCCUUUACUUCAUCUCCUUUCAUUUGCUUCUACACACUCUGCAGUUUGGCUUCUGACCUCACCAUUUAACUGAAAUUGUUCUCUGCAAAGUUCCCAGUGAGCUCUUAAUUGCCAAAUCUAAUGGUCUUUUCUCAAUCCUGAUCCCUGACUUCUCUGCAGCAUUUGCCUCUAUUGAUCACUUUCUCCUGGGUACUUACUUCUCUAGAUUUUUCUGAUAGUGCUCUCUUUCCCUCCUCUGGCAGACCCCAUAUCUAUUUGACUGUUUCUUCUCAGUCUCCUUUGCUACUUCUUCAUCCAUGUCAUGCCCCACUAAUCAUGGAUGUUCCCCCAAACUCUGUCCUGGGUUCCCUCCUUCUUUUUCUAUAUGCCAAGGGGUCUUAAUCUAGGGCCCAUGAAAUUACUUUAAAACAUAUUGAUAACUUUUUAAUAUGAUUAGUUUCCUUUGUAAUCCUAUAUAUUUUAUUUCAUUUAUUUAAAAAACAUUAUUCUGAGAAGUGGUCCAUAAGUUUUACCAGACUGCCAAAGAGGUCCAAUAAUAUGGAAAAAAGUUUAUGACGUUCUUCUCUAUGCUAUCUCACUUUGUGAUUUCACUGCAAUAACCAUAUUUAUUCAGAAGAUUCCUGGCUUCCAGAAGGACACAUGUCCUUCCAGAUUUCCCUGGCUUCCUUAAGGACACAAUUUAAAUUUUACCCUUUUCAGGAGGUCUUUCCAGUGCCCCCCAGUUACUCAUAGCCUCCCCUCUUGAACUGCCUUCAUCUACUCUGUAUAUAUCUUGUAUGUGUCUAAUUAUUUACAUGUGUCAUCACUCAUUACAAUGGAAGCUCUUUGAGAACAGAAGCUAUUUUUUGGGGGGUGAGUCUUACUUGGUAUCUCCAUUUCUGAUCAUUGUGCUUGGCACAUAAAAACAAAACAAAACAAAACAAAACACUUGUUUGAAUGUUUGUUGACUGCUUCUCUAAUAGUAUUUUAUUGUUUCCCAAAUAUACAUAAAGACAACUUUUGGCAUUCAUUUUUACAAGAUUUUGAAUUCCAAAUUUUUCUCUCUUUCUCCCCUUCAUCCUUCCUAAAAUGGUAAGCAAUUUGAUGUAGCUUAUAAAUGUGCAUUCACAUAAAACAUGUUUCCAUAGUAGUCACAGUUGUGAAAGAAGAAACAGACC